UGCGGCAUACGUACGGUGUAGUACAAGGAGCGCGUUAAGCACCAACACCAUGCUGCGUCUGUCGGCGUUUUGCAUGCUACUGGCGGUAGCGGUCGCACAAACCGGCUACGACUACAGCAAGCCUGGCCAGCCCUUCCCCUCGGGCCCCUCCUCACCGCGGCCGGGGUACACCACACCAUACCCACAAAAUGGCGACUACGCCCCAACCACACCGAACUACCCAACAGCAACCUACCCCUCGCAAAACCAGGGCUAUCCCGCAAACAGACCCGACCAAGGCUACGGUCAGGGACCAACCGGACCCGGAAACUUUCCAGGAUCAUACCCUAACCAAGGUCCAGCUGGACCUGCUGGACCGUCCUACCCUGGACAAGACAAUCCAUCGAACUAUCCAGGACAAUCGGGACCUACCAGCCCAACUGGGUACCCAGGACAACCAGGACAGGACUACCAAUCAGGUCCCGGCUUUCAGCCCGGCCCGGGCUUCGGACCUGGGUCUCCAGGAUCUCCGGGCGGGCCUGGAUUCGCCCCAGGCGGUCCCGGAUCUCCAGGCGGACCUGGAUUCGCCCCAGGCAGUCCCGGAUCUCCGGGUGGAUUCUUCCCAGGUGGAGGCUUCGAUUCUGGCGCUUACGACGGUGGUGACUAUUCUGCUAUACCCGGGGAACCGGAUAGAGACUAUCCCAUCCUCUCUGUGAUUCCAGAAACUUCGUUCAGAUGCGAGGCUCAAGCUUAUCCCGGUUAUUACGCGGAUGUCGAGACCCGCUGUCAAGUCUUCCACGUCUGCGCCAACAAUCUCACCUACGACUUCUUGUGUCCAAACGGGACGAUCUUCUCUCAGGAGGUCUUCGUAUGCGUCUGGUGGAACCAAUUCGACUGCAACUCCGCACCUAGCCUGUAUGAACUCAACGCGAAUCUCUACGACUAUUCCAUCACUGGAGCUCAGAACAAUAACUACCAGCAGGGACCGCAGGGCUAUCCAGGUGCUGGUCCUCAGGGACCACAAGGACCAGCAGGCUUCCCAGGUGCAGGUCCGCAAGGACCACAAGGACCAUUCCCAGGGGCAGGACCUCAGGGACCACAGGGACCAUCAGGUUAUCCCGGUCCUGGCCCUCAGGGACCACAGGGGCCAUCAGGAUAUCCAGGGGCAGGGUCUCAGGGACCACAGGGACCAUCAGGAUACCCAGGUUCACAAGGACCAUCGGGAUACCCAGGAGCAGGAUCUCAAGGACCACAAGGGCCAUCAGGUUACCCAGGUGCUGGCCCGCAAGGACCACAAGGACCAUCUAGUUACCCAGGUGCAGGGCCGCAAGGACCAUCCGGACCUUCGGGCUAUCCAGGAGCUGGCCCGCAAGGACCACAAGGACCAUCAGGCUACCCGAGUUCAGGACCUCAGGGACCAUCAGGUUACCCAGGCGCUGGACCACAAGGCCCAUCCAGUUACCCGACUCCAACUCAGGGGCCGUACCCGAGCCCAACGCCUCAAGGAUACCCUAGUUCCACACCAGGAUACUCAGGUUCCGAACAGGGUCCAACAAACUACCCAGGCUCAAGACCAGGCUCAUCGAACUACCAAUCGUCGAACCAAGGGUACCCGUUGCCAGGUAAACCCCCCGGUCCUAGCUUCCCCCCACGACAAGGACCGAAUUACCAACAGCAACCCAACAGAGAAUAUUUGCCUCCGAAAAACUGAUAAACUGAUGUUCCCGCUACUAAAAGACUUUUAGGCUAAGUUCGUCAAGCGGUCCCAAAAGAUGUCGCUACAACGAAUAUUUUGUGAUACAAUAUCUACGAAUUUUUAUACAUACUUACUAAAACUAAAUCAUAUAUUUUAAAUAAUGGUCCAUAUUAACAUUAUGUACAAACUGUAGUCAGUCAAGCUAAGCUGUAUAGGAUAGCGGUGCUCUCAACAGGUGUACCCAACAUAUUACCUAUGUGUCAAAAGUGGCUGUUCCUAAACAGCUUCUCUUCAGACACUUUCAACAGAUAGUUUUGGGGGUUUCUUAAUAAUUUUAUAUUCUUUACAUUCUUAGAAACCAAAUUUACAAUGGAACUGUAGAGCUGGUAUAAAUAGUCAGUACUC